AUGGCGGCCAACUCGACGCCGGGUAGUUUAACAUCGCUGGAUACAUCGCCGAUCGGAUUUUCAGGAUAUCGGGCUGCAGGAAGUGCCAUACAGUCCGCUAGCGGAUCCGGAACUGUUAUUGCUGGUUCAUCUACUUCUCAGUCCAGUGCUUCCGCCACUUCCUCAGCAUUUGGAGCGUCGCCUUAUCUUGCCAGUCAUUUUCCAAAUGGCUAUCAACCUGGGCCUGACUUUUCCAGGUUACAAGUUGUAAUUUUACAUGUUUUAUCAAUAACAGAUAGGCUAAAAUUGGCUGCUUGA